GCGUAAUCAGGUUUGACCCUUGUUCAAAUCUCCAGUAUCAUGCCUCACGGCCAUCAAAUAAAUUAAUUCGCAAUCAGUUGUGGCGUUCAUAUACAAAUUAAGUUCUGUUGGUGUUACAAGUUUCUGUGAUUUUCGAAAAUGACGUCGAAGGUACCCUUCAUCACCUUCAACAACGGACAAAAGUUUCCCAUCUUUGGUUUGGGGACGUGGAAAUCUAAACCAGGCGAAGUCAAAGCAGCAGUCAAAUAUGCCAUUAGCGUCGGCUACCGUCACAUCGACUGCGCUCACAUCUACGAGAAUGAACCCGAAAUCGGUUUAGCCUUUGCAGAAGUCUUGAACGAAGGCAUUGUUAAGAGGGAAGAGUUGUACAUUACUAGCAAGCUAUGGAACACCAUGCACAGGCCUGAUUUGGUCGAACCUGCACUCAAGACCACCCUGAAAAACCUGCAGUUAAACUACCUGGACCUGUAUCUGAUUCAUUGGCCCUACGCCUUAAAGGAAGAUGGACCACUGUUCCCAACCAACCCAGAUGGGUCACCGACAUACAGCGAUGUUGACUACGUAGACACAUGGAAAGCCAUGGAAGAGGUCCAAAAGAAGGGACUCACCAAGUCCAUUGGAGUGUCCAACUUUAACAAGAAGCAGUUGGAACGUGUUCUCCAAAUCGCCACUAUUCCACCAGCAACCAACCAGAUUGAAGUGCAUCCGUACUUGAACCAAAAGAGGUUGAUAGAGUUCUGCAAGUCAAAGAACAUCGUCAUCACGGCCUACAGUCCUCUGGGAUCCCCAGACAGGCCAUGGGCUAAACCAGAUGAUCCAUUGUUGUUGGAUGAUCCCAAAAUCAUUGCACUCGGAAAGAAAUACAAAAAGACUCCCGCCCAGGUCGUACUGAAGUACCAAGUGCAAAGGGGUAACAUCACCAUUCCCAAAUCAGUGACCAAAUCCAGGAUUUUGGAGAACUUCGACAUUUGGGACUUCAAUCUGACUGCUGAGGAUAUCGCUCUUCUCGACAGCUUCGACUGCAAUGGUAGAAUCUGCCCAGCUGACGAGGCCUUUUCCCAUAAAGACCAUCCGUUUUCACGCGAUGAAUAUUAAAUAUCUGAACAACUACACCACCUUCUGCACGUUUGGAAAAAGUGGUAGUAGAGAAUGACUUCUACCCCAACAAAAAAAAAGCCAUCAAUUAGGAAACUUCCACUCAACAUUUGCAACGCACUUUCGCCUUCAUUUUGCAAUAUUCAAAUUUAUUGUUAUAAUUUAUGUUUCACGCAUAAA